GGUGUGGAAACAACACGCAUGGUCCGUGGACAGGCAGACCUUGGAGAAGCGACUGGAUUGUGAGACAUGGAUGGGCAUUACCGGUGUGUGAAACAUGGGAAUUUCAAUGUUAGAGCGCAAGCGGGCAAAUCAUGACCGAGGCGGAGACAGAGGUUUGUGGAUUAUACCAGCCAAAGGAACAAACUGUCUUAAGAUCCAGUGACAAAAUGCCAGAAAAAUCAUUACGGCCCUGCAGCCUUUGAAUCAUGGGAAAUGCUGAGAGCCAGAAUGGGGACCAUGCCCUCUAUGGACGUGGCUAUUUGUCACGUAAGCACAUGUCUCGGUCUCUUCGCAUCUCCAACAAGCAGUCCAGACGCUCUCGCCAUGCUUCAUCAGGAAAAAUAGAGCACAGGAAUUCUGAGACAAGCACGCGCUCAAGUAGCACACCCAGCAUCCCACAGUCCCUGGCUGACAAUGGCCUGGAACCCUUCAAUGAGACAAAUAUCCUCCCAGACUUUGGAAGCCCCAUUUGGGUGGACCGGGUGGCCAUGAAUCUGCGUCCAGUAUCCUUUUACAAUGACCUGGCCAAUCCCUCAAUGCACAUAACCCUACCUGGUCCCAUGGCAGAGGAGGUGCAGGAUGAAGAUAUGUACGCAGGUGAAGUGAAAUACCUCCAGAAAACCCCAGACUGCUCCAAGGAGACUGUUGGCUUCAAGAAGAGGUCUAAAUCUGCAGACAUGUGGCGAGAUGACAGCCUGGAGUUCUCCCUGUCUGAUGUCAGUCAAGAUCACUUGACCAGCACAGAGGAGAUUAUAGACUUGACUAACGAGAGGGACUUCACUGGCUGCGAAGGCCACCUGCAGUCCAGCCCAACAGACUCCACUGACAGGGCAAACUCACUGGAUGAGCUGUAUAGCCAGAUGAGUCCUGCCUCCAGGCAACUCCAUGGCCGCUAUGCAAAGUGGCACAACACCAACAGGGCUAUCAGGGAGGGUGAGGACGAUAAAAUGCUAUCUCCAUCAGACGAGGAUGGAAACACCUACGGUGCAUACACCCUUCCCUGCCGACGUUCACACUGCUUGUCUGAAGGCCUGACCAGCCACCAAGUUGAAAUGUGUGCCAGCAUGCAGGGCAGGAGGGCGCAGACUAUACAGGAUGUCACAGGCGGGGAGGGCAGCGAAUAUGAGGACAGCGGCAUCGACGGGGUGACGGUGGAGCCGGAGCACCAGUCUCGCCGCUACAAGACCAUGUCGGCCUCCUUCUCUGUGUUCUCAGUGCAUGGCAGGAACAUGUUCACUGGCAGUGACAGCGGGAGCAGCAGUGGCGGCGGAGGGGCCAGCGAGUGCGUUCAGGGCGUGUACGAAAAUUUCCGUCAGGAACUACAGAUGAGCUCCUGCCAGACUGAGAGCUUGGAGGAGGCGGGGUCUGCCCUAAGUGAUGAGCAGAGCACUAUGAGCUCCGCCUACCAGUCCGACCUCUUACUCAGUGUUGUCCAAGGGAUGGUGCGCAAAGCUGGCAAACUUGCUGUUAAGAACUUCCUUGUGCAUAAGAAAAACAAGAAAGUGGAGUCAGCCACAAGGCGCAAGUGGAAGAGUUACUGGGUUUCUCUCAAAGGUUGCACGCUCUUCUUCUAUGAGACUGAUGGACGUUCAGGGAUUGACAACAACAGCAAUCCCAAACAUGCCAUCUGGGUGGAGAACAGUAUUGUCCAGGCUGUACCAGAACAUCCCAAAAAGGACUUUGUGUUCUGCCUCAGCAAUUCCCUGGGAGAUGCUUUUCUGUUCCAGACCUGCAGCCAGACAGAGCUGGAAAACUGGAUCACAGCCAUCCACUCAGCAUGUGCCACUACUGUCGCCCGCCAGCAUCACAGAGAGGACACUGUUCGGCUACUUCGCGCCGAGAUCAAGAAGCUCGAGCAGAAGAUCGACAUGGACGAGAAGAUGAAGAAGAUGGGAGACAUGCAGCUGUCUGCUGUCACUGACACCAAGAAGAGGAAGACGAUCCUGGACCAAAUAUUCUUGUGGGAGCAGAACCUGGAGCAGUUUCACAUGGAUUUAUUUCGCUUUAGAUGCUACCUGGCCAGCCUGCAAGGAGGAGAGCUGCCUAACCCCAAACGCCUUCUGGCUUUUGCCUCUCGCCCCACCAAGCUGGCAAUGGGCCGGCUGGGUAUAUUCUCGGUCUCUUCCUUCCAUGCAUUGGUGGCAGCCCGCACGGAGACCGGAGUGAGGCGGCGAACGCAGGCCAUGUCUCGUUCCUGCAGUAAGCGCAAGAGCAGGUUCUCUUCCCUCUGGGGUCUGGACACUACCUCAAAGAAAAAGACAAAAGCCCACCCAACUGUCAGCCAGGUUUUUGCUGAUGGUGAAGAGCCCAUUAAAAAGCCAGUAGAUGGCAUAUAUGUUGAUCCUGCUAAGGAAAACACAAAAAGUGAGGAGGGAACUGUGAAAAGCCUUCCACGACCCAGCACAGAGAGCGAUAUCUGGGUUCCUGACCACCUUACACCCUCCUGGGUAUGUCUCCCAAAUGACCAGCCCGUGCUAACAAUCAUCCAGCCAGGAGAGUCUGCACUGUGUGUUCUCGAGUCCAUCUGCAAGGCUCAUCAGCUCGAUCCCACUAAACACUACUUACGACUCAAAUUCCUUAUAGAAAAUCAAGUGCAAUUCUACAUUCCCAAACCAGAGGAGGAUAUAUGUGACUUGCUGUACAAAGAAAUUGAGCUUUGCUCUAAAAUAACUAAAGUAAUCCAGUUUGACAGAGAUGAAUCCUGCAUGAUUGGUUACGGUUUCUCCAUUUCGGUGGUGGAGGAGGAUGGAGUACAGCAGCUCUACAUCACCGAUGUAAAGGCAGGGGGAUUAGCCUUUGCUAAAGGUCUGAACGCAGGGGAUGAAAUACUUCAGUUAAAUGGAAAAGACUCCCAUAGUCUUAAUUUCUCUGACAUGAAAGCAGCAUUCUCUCAGGCUUCACUGGCUCUGACAGUCAACACCUUGCCUGCGGUGGACCGCCGUCAGCUCUGCUACUUGCCGCCACGCCGCUCAGAUGCAGAGGAGGAUCUCUACACUGACAUUUUCUCCCAAAGUCAAGAGGAAAUCCUGGAUGAUGGAGUUGGACUGUUUCUGGAGAGCUCAGGAGACAGCCUGGAUGACGACUCUGAGAUCUUCAGUGAGUUCGACGAGUGCACAAAGAGUACGGAGCAGGUCGCCGCUUUCUGCCGCAGUCUCCAUGACAUGAAUUCCUUGGAGUGUGUGUCCUCUUCGCCGAGCCCGGAAUCGCCCUUUCCACCUCCUGCAACUCCCAGACAGCUCUCUGAUGCCGACAAGCUCCGCAAAGUCAUCUGUGAACUCGUGGAGACCGAACGCACCUAUGUCAAAGAUCUCAAUUGCCUCAUUGGGAGAUAUUUAACCCCACUGCAGAAAGAGACCUUCCUUACUCAGGAUGAGCUGGAUGUUCUGUUUGGUAACUUGCCAGAAAUGGUGGAGUUCCAAGUCGAGUUUCUCAAGACUCUGGAAGACGGGACGAGACUGGUUCCUGAUUUGGAGAAACUGGAGAGAGUGGAUCAGUUUAAGAAAAUCCUCUUCUCCCUCGGAGGCUCUUUCCUGUACUAUGCAGACCGGUUUAAGAUCUACAGUGCUUUCUGCGCCAGCCACACCAAAGUCCCUAAGGUCCUCGUGAAGGCCAAAACUGACCCCAAUUUUAAGGCCUUUCUGGAUGAACGAAACCCCAAGCAGCAGCACUCUUCCACACUGGAGUCUUACCUAAUCAAACCCAUACAGAGGGUUCUCAAGUAUCCCCUCCUGCUGAAGGAGCUCUUCUCGCUCACAGACCCAGACAGUGAGGAACAUUACCACCUCGACGUUGCCAUGAAAGCCAUGAACAAGGUUGCCAGCCACAUCAAUGAAAUGCAGAAGAUCCACGAGGAGUUUGGAGCUGUGUUUGAUCAGCUUAUCACAGAGCAGAGCAGUGAAAAGAAAGAGGUUGCUGAUCUGUCAAUGGGCGAUCUGCUUCUCCACAACACUGUGACAUGGAUUAACCCACCUGCCUCCUUAGGAAAAUGGAAAAAAGAACCCCAGAUGGCUACAUUUGUGUUCAAAACAGCAGUGGUCUUUGUUUGCAAGGAGGGGUCCAAGCAGAAGAAGAAAAUGGGAGGUUCCCACCGGGUCUCUGUAUCUUCUGAAGAAAAAGAUCCCUUCAGAUUCCGUCACAUGAUUCCAACUGAUGCCCUACAAGUCCGGUCUAUGACCAAUGCAGAUGGCGAGGGCUCUGCUGUGUGUGAGAUUAUCCACACAAAAUCGGAGUCAGAAGGAAGACCAGAAAGGACAUUUCACUUGUGCUGCAGCUCUCCGGAGAGCAGAAAAGACUUUGUGAAGACAGUCCACUCCAUCUUGCGAGAAAAGCAUCGCCGGCAGCUCCUAAAAACAGAGAGCUUACCACUCAACCAGCAGUAUGUACCCUUUGGAGGAAAACGGCUGUGUGCUCUGAAGGGAGCCCGCCCCACUAUAAAUAGAGCAGCAUCUGCCCCGACUAGGACUCUCGGCCGAAGGAAGUUAGUGCGCAACCGUUUCACCAUAGACACGGAUAUUGUUUUUGAUGGUGAUCCUGAACAGCAAGACCUCGUUUCACCAGAGGAGCCUGGCUCAAAACGGUCCCAGCAGGAUGAGGAACCAGAUCAGCAGCAGCAGCAGCAGUCUGACUUGGCAGGUGACACAGACCGCUGGGUGGAAGAACAAUUCGACCUAGAAGAAUACGAAGAUCAAGAAGAGGUGAAGGAAACUGACAUCCUCAGUGACGACGACGACGACAACGACUUCUGCCAGACACCAACACCUGCGUCCAUUGAGACUGACCUGGAGGCCCCAGUCAUGGCUUUGACCUUGGAGGGUGUGGAAAGAGAGAAGAUUAAAUCCCCAACAGCCAGUGAGACAUCUGACAUGGCGAAGCAGAGAACCAUGAUCAAUGACAAGACGGAGGAUCAAAAUCAGAAGGAGAAGGAUGAGAUUUGGGUAAGAAGGGAGCAAUCAGGUUUAUCCCCAGACUGUGCCACAUAAAAGCAGAUGCCAGAAGAUAGACAGCGAGUGUUCUAGACAGCUUUACAUGGGCUCCAUAAAAACAAGUCAUCACAAACAAUGCAUGAGCAUUGAUGUAUAUUGCACAGCUAGUAGAAGAUAUACCUUUCUUUAUCUUAUGCUGAAUGCUUUUUUUUGUACAGGUAAGAAUAUUAGUGGAGCAAUACAGGAAUCCAGAGUGAGGGAGCUUUUCCUGAAUCGAAUGCUGUUACAGGAAAGUCAAGUGUAAGCUUUGAGGGUUGAAAUAAUGGUACAAUCACAGAGUCUAAUCAGUUGCUUUGAUUGGCAUGGUUUGCACAUUUGGGCGGCAUUCUUUAGUCCUGCCUGCUGUUGCCAAAUUUGGGUAUUGUGAGAACAUAAAUAUUUGUUAUGUCUGUGUUACUCAGAGAUAUUAUCAUAGUUAAGGGCUGUAUAUUAUUUGUCCUUAAAGAAAUAGAACAAUUAAUUGCAAAGGACCGUUGUCUUGCAUAGUUUACUAUACUUGUGGAUUUUCACAUGAAUAUACACUGACAUGUUUUGAGUACAGACUUCCUGAUGUAUUUGAUUUUGAUUUGCUGUUUAUUAACUUAAAGCUAUCUUUUUACUCGGAGAGACAGCUUGUUCUUUUUUGUUACAUUUAAUAGGAUAAUAGUGGAAUUAUGUAAAACUCCCCUUGUCAAAGAAGCAAGGGGAUUUCAUUGUUUUGAUUUGGCAUAAUCCUGUUUUACUUGAAUUUGGCUGUGUCUUUGUUUACUGUGAAACAGUUUUGGUGACAUUUACUUUUCCUCUUCAGUAUUACCACUCAUACACAUCGAUACUUAACACUCCACUUGGAACCACUCAGUAUUGUACAUAAUACAUCUGGGGUCUGUUUCAGAAAGCAGGUUUAGUAAAAUAGCUGACAUUGUUAACCCUGUCACAAGAGAAAAAGUCAACAGUAGGUUUUCUUUAAAAAAUCUGUCCAGGAGUUUCUCCCUAAAGAAGGGCCUUGGAUUCCCAGACAGAUACGCCUUAAUAAAUAUGACUGUGUGGACAUUUAGGCGCCUGUCAGGUUGUGAACCACUUCAAAGCACUGGAACAUUUACCUUGCAUUACUGUAGUAAUCACAGUUUAGCACCAAUUUGUAUCAACAUUUAGACACAUCAAAUACUCAUUCAUUAAACAUGUGUCAUGUAAUGAGGAGUGAAUCAUGUUCAUGAUUACAUGAUUGUGUAAAUACAUGUCAGUAGAGCUGCAAAUGAAAUGACUAAGACUCUAAAAAUAAACUAGCUAUAGUUUAAAAGUGAGUUUUUACAUAUAAGCUGAUAUUGGUUUAGUAUGGUCUGACAGCAUUACAUGUUGAGAUAUUUACAAACUUUAAAUACAUCGGCUCACUAUCAUUAAAUCUAAAGCCCAUAGCUAAGAAUAGCUGGGUUUGCGGUCACGUGGUUCUGAUGACGCGCGGAGGCAGCGCGAUUUUUGAGUGGAGGGCGGAAGUAAACAUGGAGGACACUGUGGAGAGUCAGGAGAGCAGCUAUUGUGCAACUUUAGACCCCGUUUCUCGGGAGAGAUAUAAACAGAUAGUUAAAAAAUAUAUCGGACGUGAUCCGUAUUCUUUGAAAAUGUCCGAAUACACCACAGAAGUAAAGGAUUUGCCUACUAUCGAGGCUGUGGAUAUCACCAACUACUUGGUCCUCCAGACUUCUUACUACACUAGGCAGCAAAUGAAAGCUUUCAAGAGUCUGGAGGCGUACAAUUUUUUUGUCAGCGGGUGGGUCCACAACCUUGGAACAAAACGUCUCCGUGAUGGAUACAGUUUGGUGUUUGCAAGGGUGAGUGUUUGCUCUUAUAUUGCUUUAUCUUAAACACGCUAACAGUUAGCGGUAGCGGCUUUAACGUCAACAAACAUGCCACAUCCUUAGGACUUCGUUAGAGUGACAGUUGUUUGUUUCAAGGUAAACCAUUCUCAGAGGUCUAACGAGACACCUCUGAAGACUUGGGUAAUUGCAAAGGAGGAUGGAGAAGUGAUUGCAGCUCAUUGCAAUUGUAUGGCAGGGUAGCCGUCUGUUGCAUAUCCAAAAUCGCCUCUGCACAUCGAUGCUGUUCUGCCUUAAGCUUCAUUCUUUUCUCUCGUUUGAGAACUGAUUCCGAUCUGGGUUUUCGUUCGUAGCCGAGAUUGACCGUCGGAGCCCAGUCCUCCGACUCUUCGUCAUCCAAAGCACUUGGGCAGCCUAUAGUCCCAAUCAAGUCAAUAUUAGACUACUAACUUAAAAGCACUAAGUAAACGAGAAUUUAACGACAACCUAAUGCUAAUAAGUUCGUUUGCAAACAUAACAUUACCUCUGACGAAGUGGUCGCUGCAGACACGGGCAUUGGCAGACUCUGCUCCUCCCGACUGUAAACGUAAAUUUAAAAUCCAUUUUUUCCUACGUUUUUCGGUUAGAAUUUUCCAUUUUUCUCCUCUUCGUUGGGCUAUUUUUGGUACCCUAAAAUACCGUUUAUCAGUUUCUCGGGUCGACCUACUGGAGCAUCCGUAAACACAACAGGACAUAGGCAUUUUGCUUACUGUCUGUCUGUGAUUUUGCGCUUAUCUUUUUCACUUCCGACCGCCAGUCAAAUUUCGCGCUUUACGUCGACGUCACGUCUACGUCAAAUGAAACCUAGCUAGUUUGAACCUAGGCACAACCUCAUAUCCAUAUUUUAUUCGCUUUAUUUAUUUCUGUCCCCAUCGAUUGAACCAGCUUUUUUUUUUAACCCUAUCUCAGGGUUUAUCAGUUCAGAGUUCAGGGUAAGCUUAGAGUUUGUAAACCUGCUUCCUGAAAGAGACUUCAGCUUCUUUAAAAAAUGUCUUGUGUGUUCAAAAUGAUUGUUCACUAGUAUUGGAAUACAAUGCAAUGUUCUUAUUUAUUCAUCUGUAAAUUAAUUUGUUAGCAGCAAACACAGUCGUGUUUUUUGUUGUUUUUUUUUUUGUUUUUUUCCACUGAGAAAGUCCAAAUUUGCUCAAGCAAUCAAGGGAAAGACUUGCCGUGUGCAAAAUGAAAGAAGUCAUACUUGUAAACAAUUCAUUGUGCUACUAAGACUGCGUUUUUAUUACUGUGUGUAUAUAGAAAUGUACUGAUAUCAUAAUAAAAACAGUUGUUUCCUACUUAUAAUUUAA